UGUCAUUCUUUUGGGAAUAGGGAGGAGGCUGCAAAGGUCCAACGGACUUUGGGAGGGUUGACUGAAGCGGUGGGGGCGGCGGUAGUUUGGGGGUAUAAACAGCAAACCACCGCCACCGGUGCGUGUGGCUUGCUGGACGCGCAUCCCUGUCCCUCUGUGCAGUCCAGUCCGUCCGUGUUGGUCCGCUGAGAAGCACCGAGUCUCGUCUGCAGACAUGGCAUCUGUCAUCCAAAUAUGUGCUGCCAUCCUCGCUUCUGUGUUCCUGCAAACUGCGACAUCGGCCCGUAGUGGCACCAUUUUUGCAGUGACAUUGAACUCACGUGUGCAAGGAGGUAAGCAGGAGACCCUAUGUGCCCAGAUCCAGGGCCCCACAGAGCCUGUCACUCUGACCGUUGCCCUUGACAUGGUCUCAGAGAGAACGGUCAUCCUGCAGGAAGCUGUCGAACAGGACUUUUACCGCUGCUUGAAAUUCCAGGUCCCUACUGUGGGCAGCCGCACAGUGGCAGCCAUUAAUGUCAGUGUUCAGGGUGAGAACACCUCGAUGACUAAGAAGACUAAGAUUGCCAUUGAGCCUCCUGCUUUCAUUCAUAUCAUCCAGACUGAUAAACCUAUCUACAAACCUGGACAGACUGUCCAGUUCCGGGCUGUCUCCAUGGAUUCACAUUUCAUUCCUGUAAAUCGUGUGUACGAAGUGGUGGGGCUCCAGGAUCCCAAUUCAAAUCGCAUUGCCCAGUGGUUGGAUAAAUCCCUUGCUAGCGGCAUCCUUGAUCUUUCCCACCCCCUGAUUCCAGAGGCGCCCCAAGGAAGAUACACGAUCACUGCCUCAACCGACAAAGGAGAGCAAAUAUCCCACAGCUUCGAUGUCAAGGAAUAUGUUUUGCCAAAGUAUGAGGUGAAGGUUCACCUGCCCAGUGUGAUAACCAUCCUGGACAAAGAGGCAACGCUAAAGAUUUGUGGAAAAUACACCUAUGGGAAACCUGUUCUUGGUGCAGUCAAGGCAGUGGUUUGUAGAAAUGCUUUCCAGUUUUACUGGAAUUCACACCUUUCCGAGAAUGACAUCUGCAGGAAUUACAUAAUGACUACGGAAAAAAGUGGUUGUGCUACGCAAACGGUGAACCUGACAGAGUUCUCCCUCGACAGCACUAAGUACCUUGAUCAUUUUGAUGUGAAGGCUGAAAUGGAGGAGUAUGGCACAGGGAUUGUCCUGGAAGGCACUGGGCAGGCCAGCUUCACCAAUAUCAUCAGAAAGGUCACCUUUGAGGAUUUGCCUGCAACAUUUAAGCGAGGCAUCCCGUUUGAGGGAAAGGUCAAAAUGACGGGCCCAGGCAACCACCCUAUUGCCAAUGAGCCAGUGUACCUGCUCGGUGGUGACUCCCAAAACUUAACGUUGACAACAGACAUGAAAGGCAUGGCUUCGUUUUCUCUGGACACCUCCCUCUGGACUGACCAUUUCAGUCUGACGGCGCGGCCCACAGCGAAGAAUAUAUAUGAACCAGGUGUGUCUGAUAAGCGUAGACCAGAGUACAAACCGGCCCAGCACUACAUCCCAGCAUUUUACUCCAAGAGCAGUAGUUUUCUGAAGCUCAUGCAGGUCAGCGAGAAGAUCUCCUGUGACAAAGAUGUAGCCGUGCGUGCACAGUACAUUAUCCAGGGGCAGGAGCUAAAGAUGGGACAGGAAGUCCUUGACUUCUUUUAUCUGGUGAUGUCCAGAGGUGACAUUGUGCAGCAUGGUCGUGUCCCAGUGGCUGUUAAAGCAGGAACAGCCAACAAAGGAGAGUUGUCCAUAUCACUCCACCAGGUGACAAACCUGGCCCCAUUUGCCCAGGUGGUCGUCUACACUGUGAUGCCCACUGGAGAGGCUGUGGCCGACAGUCAGGACUUCCCCAUUCAGCUGUGCCUAAAUAAUAAGGUGUCUUUGCAGUUUUCUUCUCUCCAGGAGCUUCCAGCAGAGGAGACCACACUGAGGCUCCAGGCUCACCCAGGCUCUGUGUGUUCUGUCAGAGCCAUUGACCAGAGCGUCCUCCUGCUCAAGCCGGAGCAGGAACUCACUGUUGACUAUGUGUACAGCCAGCUGCCUUUGCAGAAGGUGUUCUCAGGGCCAGGGGAACUUCGUCGUGCAACUCGCUCAUUCUUCAUGGAACCGAACAAUCAAAAGGAUGACGUCUACAGCGUCUUUAGAGAAAUUGGAAUCAAAAUUGUGACCAAUUCCAAUGUGAAGAAACCUUAUGAUUGCAAUAUUGCAUAUUAUGUAGAGAUGGACCAGGUUCUUCCGCCACCCAAAGGAGAAAAAGAUUUCUUUGAGGAUUCUGCUCCCAUGGGCUUUGAAAUGAUGUCUCAGAGUUCAGGUAUGCCUGAAGAUAAAGCGGAGGUGAAGAAGGAAACCAUCAGGACGUUCUUCCCUGAGACCUGGAUCUGGGACCUAGUUACUGUGGGUGACAAUGGCUCACUGAGUCUGGAGAGGACAGUCCCUGACACCAUCACUAAGUGGACAGCUGGAGCGUUCUGCAUCUCCUCUGUGGGCUUCGGAUUAUCGCCUACCACUGGACUGACUGCCUUCCAGCCAUUCUUUGUCAGUCUCACCUUGCCCUACUCUGUCAUUCGUGGGGAGGUCUUUACCCUCAAAGCCACUGUCUUCAACUAUCUCCCCAAAUGCAUUAUGGUGAAGGCAACACUGGCCGAUUCAGAGCAGUACACUUUCAGAAACUGUGAUGGCUGCCUGUACAGUGUGUGUCUGUGUGGAGAGGAGAGCACUACGUUCUCAUGGCUCAUUACUCCAACCACCCUCGGUGAGGUAAAUAUGAAGGUCAGCACUGAGGCCCUGAAGACUGAUGUACUGUGUGGCAAUGAGGUGGCCACCGUCCCCGACACUGGCCGAAAGGACACAGUGAUCCGCACCCUGCUGGUGGAGGCUGAAGGGACACCACAGAUGGUCAGUCACAACGCUCUGCUCUGCCCUGCAGAGGGGCCUGUAGAGAAGAACAUCUCUCUUCUGAUGCCUGAGAUGUUUGUGGCUGGAUCAGCGAGGGCCUCUGUCUCUGUACUGGGCGACCUGAUGGGCCGAGCUCUGAAGAACCUGGACAGGCUCCUGGCCAUGCCAUACGGCUGUGGGGAGCAGAACAUGGUGUUGUUUGCUCCCAACAUCUUCAUCCUCAACUACCUGAAAAGCACCGGUCAGCUGACUGCGCAGAUUCAGGACAAGGCAACAGGCUUCCUGGAGAGCGGUUAUCAGAGAGAGCUCACCUACAAGCAUGAAGAUGGGUCCUACAGCGCCUUUGGCAAGAACGAUGAGUCUGGAAACACGUGGUUGACCUCUUUUGUGAUGAAGUCCUUUGGUGGGGCGAGACCAUACAUCUUCGUGGAUCCCAGGCACAUUAAUGAUGCAAAGAGGUGGCUGUCAGAGCGUCAGCAGUCUAAUGGUUGUAUCAGAUCUGUUGGGAAACUGCUCAACAAUGGCAUGAAGGGGGGAGUGAGUGACGAUGUGUCCCUGACAGCCUACAUCACUGCCGCCCUGCUCGAGCUGGAUGCCAAUGUCAUGGAUCCAGUGGUGCAGAACUGUCUGCGCUGUCUGAAGGAAGCAGUGGGCGGCCAGCUGGACAACCUAUACACCACUGCCCUGCUGUCCUACACCUUCACUCUGGCUGGAGACCAGGAGAGGCGGAGCGAGCUCAUCACAUACCUGCAUCGCAAGUCCAACACACAGGGGGGCACCCGUCAUUGGGACAGAGCAGGGUCCUCAGACAAUUGCCUGGACUCUCUGGAGGUGGAGUUGACCUCCUACGUGCUGCUGGCUCUGCUCUCUGGUCCAGCCAUGCCAGGCUUCGGUUUGGACUACUCCUCUGGCAUUGUCCGAUGGCUCAUUCAGCAGCAGAACACAUUCGGUGGCUUCGCUUCCACACAGGACACAGUGGUGGCCCUCCAGGCACUGGCCAAGUACGGAGCCGCCACCUACAGUGCAGAGGGCAGCACUACAGUAACGGUGACGUCCUUGGGAGGCCUGAACAAAGAGUUCACGGUUGAUCAGAGCAACAGGCUGCUGUACCAGGAGGAGAAGCUGAAUGAGGUGCCCGGAGAGUACACAGUCAAAGCCCAGGGGCAGAGCUGUGUGCUGGCUCAGAUCUCCAUGCAUUACAACAUCCCCCCUCCCCCUGACUUCUCUGCCUUCAACAUCUCUGCUAUCACCAUGGUCAAGUGCAACGUCAGCAGGCCUCAGCUCAUCCUCUUUGUGCGCAUCAGGUACCAGGGCAGGAGGGAGGAGACCAACAUGGUGAUCAUCAACAUCAAACUGCUAUCUGGCUACAUCCUGGACAGGAGCUCCCUGAAACUGCUCAAGACGGACAGCUCGGUGAAACGUGUGGAUGUGGAAGAAGGAUUCAUCAACAUCUACUUAGAUGAGCUGAAGAAACAGGAGGAAAAGAUAUAUAGUGUGACUCUAGAGCAGGAUCUGCCCGUCAGGAACCUGAAACCAGCAGUGGUCAAAGUCUACGAUUACUACCAGACAAGUGAUGAGGCUGUCACUGACUACACCUCCCCCUGUGCAGAGAGUGAUGGCGUCAACGAGCUGUAAAAAUCCAUAUGAAAAUCCUGCGAAGCCCCAACGGGUCUCCUCAGUUAGAAGAAUCACUGUGUCAAAGAAAGAAGCUUCUAGAUGUUUUUUAAAACUGUUUGUCGUUGUGAGAAAAGUCCACUUUUUGUGUAAUUUUAGGACCUAGUUUUAACUUUUUUUUUAAAACUUGUGAUUGUUUUUGUUCUACGCUCUGUUACGUGGUAGGUGUGUCCUUGUCAUCAAAUUCUGACUGUUGGUAAUGAAAAAGUAACUAGUCUGCAUGAGAAUCCAUCAGGCAGUCACUGCCAUCUCCCUUCUCCCUACUGGAACCUUCACAUUAUAACCCACUGCAUUCAAGUAAAGCAGGCAGCCCUCUGUAACAUUUCUGGUUUUAAUAGAUUUGACCAUAAAUCCAUUUGUGAAAGUGACACACAGGGUACCAAUAACACAGUAUGGUCCGAGUACUAAUUGUGUGUAUGAAACACAAACUAUUUUCUAGAAAAAAAA